CACCACAAGUACAAAACAUUUCAAUACACAAACACAAACAACACACUUCUUCUUUCUUUAAAUCCCAACUGCAAGAGAAAAUGGCGAAAGAGUCCACCACCAUUGACAUCGGCGAGCCGAGCACCGUGACCAAAAGUACAAACCAUGACGUAGUGGACGAGAAGAAGAAGAGUUUUGUGACAGCCGCCGCAGGAGGCGGCUACAAGAGAGGUUUGGCCAUACUCGAUUUCCUCCUCCGUUUGGCAGCCAUAGGAAUCACAAUCGGGGCUUCCUCUGUCAUGUUCACCGCCGAGGAGACACUUCCCUUCUUUACUCAGUUCUUACAGUUCCAAGCCGGUUACGAUGACUUUCCCACGUUUCAGUUCUUUGUGAUAGCCAUAGCCAUAGUCGCCAGCUAUCUCGUUCUUUCACUUCCCUUUUCCAUCGUCACUAUUGUCCGACCACUAGCGGUUGCGCCCCGGCUCAUCCUCCUCAUUUCCGACACCGUGGUCUUGACGCUUACCACAGCAGCAGCUGCUGCGGCAGCAUCAAUUGUCUACCUGGCACAUAACGGUAACGCUAACACCAAUUGGCUCCCCAUUUGUCAGCAAUUUGGAGACUUCUGCCAAACCACAAGUACUGCAGUUGUAGCUGCAUCUAUCUCGGUUGUCUUCUUUAUCCUUCUCAUUGUCAUCUCAGCCAUUGCCCUAAAAAAGCAUUGAUCUGAUAGUUUCUGCAUGUAUAUGUUUUGUGUUGUGUCGUGUGCUUUGUGUGACAUGAGAUGAUAUAUCAUUAAAGUGUGGUCUGUGUGGAAAUUGUAAAGGGAAUUCAUGUAUUUUAUAAAGAAAUUUGUCUUGGUUCAUCUUGAAAACUUAAGAUUAAAGUUAAAGGCCGUA